AUGGACAUCGUGCACGCCGGGCACGACCUCGGCGGCGGCGGGUGGAUGGGCCCCGGCGUGAUGCUGGAGUUCGCGCUGUUCGCCGUGUACAGGGUGCUCAGGUCAAGGGGGCUUGUUCUGGCUGGACCACUUCGUCUGCGCCGCCGUGUAGCUGAACACGACGUUCGCGCCGAUGAUUGA